GUAGAAGUCUGGGUUGUUGCUGCUGGGUUUAGCCCAAGGAGUCGGGGGCUAGGACGGGCAGUUACGGCUCUGCAAUCUGCCCCCAGCCCUCUCCACGGAAACUUCGCAAGUCUGGCCCAGCAAGACCAUCACUAUGACCGAUGGGGACUAUGAUUAUCUGAUCAAACUCCUAGCCCUUGGAGAUUCGGGGGUCGGAAAGACAACGUUUCUCUAUAGAUACACAGAUAAUAAAUUCAAUCCCAAAUUCAUCACUACAGUAGGAAUAGACUUUCGGGAAAAACGUGUGGUUUAUAAUACACAAGGACCAAAUGGAUCUUCAGGGAAGGCAUUCAAGGUACAUCUUCAGCUUUGGGACACUGCAGGACAAGAACGGUUCCGGAGCCUCACCACUGCAUUUUUUAGAGAUGCCAUGGGCUUCUUGUUGAUGUUUGACCUCACCAGUCAGCAGAGCUUCUUGAACGUCAGGAACUGGAUGAGCCAACUGCAAGCAAAUGCUUACUGUGAGAACCCAGAUAUAGUAUUAAUUGGCAACAAGGCAGACCUGCCAGACCAGAGGGAAGUUAAUGAACGGCAAGCCCGGGACUUGGCUGAGAAAUACGGCAUACCAUAUUUUGAAACAAGUGCAGCAACUGGACAGAAUGUGGAGAAAGCUGUAGAAACCCUUCUGGACUUGAUCAUGAAGCGAAUGGAGCAGUGUGUGGAGAAGACACAAAUUUCUGACACUGUUAAUGGCGGAAAUUCUGGAAAGCUUGAUCGGGAAAAGCCGACAGAGAAGAAAUGUGCCUGCUAGACUCUGAGGAGGAACUGAUGGUCAUGAGCCCUACCCAAAUAUCACUUCCAAAUACAACAGCAGACCACAAAAUCGUUGUUGAGUAGAUCAUCAACAACGCCAUUUCUUUCUUUCUCUGCUACAAAAUCUAUUUUAAGAGGUCAGAAUAGUCAGCAGUGCUCAGAAGAAUUGACUAGUUAUCCUUGAGGCCCCUCAAAACAAAACAUUUGCUAAGGUGACCUCACCAUCAUGGAAACGCCAUCUGUUUUUCUUAUAAAGAAGAUAAGCAUAUA